CUCCCUUACCCUCAUGAGCGAUAACGCAGAAUACAAAGAGGCCUUUGCCCUCUUCGAUAAACGAGGAAACGGCGCCGUCCCUCGCGAGACACUAGGCGACCUUUUACGCGCCCUAGGCCAGAAUCCUACUCAAGCAGAGGUAGCAGAGAUUGUAUCAUCUGCACCACGCGAUGUGGACUACAAGGCCUUCCUGUCAAUUCUAAAUCGUCCAGAUGGGUUCAAACCCGCAGGGACACCAGAGGAGUUCAUCCGUGGGUUCCAGGUAUUCGAUAAAGAAGGGAACGGGUUCAUCGGUGCUGGAGAGCUGAGAUAUGUCCUAACGCAACUGGGAGAGAAGAUGUCAGAUGAGGAGGUAGACGAACUGUUGAAGGGGGUUCAGAUCGGCGCCGACGGGAACGUCAACUACGAAUCCUUCGUGCGCACAAUUCUGAGCCAGUAGUCAUGUCUAUACCUGCACGCAAUAUAUAAUAAUUGUAUAACCCGCCUCACCAAAUAUCUACUCGCUAUC